AUGGAGGGGCAGAAAACCAAGACAACGUCCAUGGACUCCAGCUUCCCAGUCUUGUUGCCUGAGGACCCUACCCUUCAUCUGGAGCCUGCGGAGUUCAGAAAGCGAAUUUUUGCUUCUGUUGCAAAGGAGGCCAAGGGGAAAGAGAAUUCAAAAACAACCGACUCUAAUUCAGCCCUUUUUGCGCAGACGGUGCCGAAGGCUACCGAGGCUAUUUCCGCUGCUCAGUCCAGCCACGACUCCAGCGGAAACGCCUUUGUGGACGCUCUUGUCCAAGAAGCCAGAAAUCCUGGAACUCAAAAGGUUUCACUCGAAGAGCUAGAGGCAAAAAAUUUGGCUCACACGGACAAUGCUGGCGUUACCCACGCUUCUACAGAAUCGCACUUGGUCGAUCUGUUCCAUACCCUAGACGGGGAGCCAAAUGAGGAGAAGCUGGCCAUUCUAGAGCCUCUACUGGAGAAGGCAUGGGCAGAUGAUGCCUUGGUUACUCUAAAGAUUAUUUGGAACUGUCGUAGCAUCCAUCUGGGCAAGGGGGAACGAUCGAUGUUCUACGUCGCCCUUGGCUGGUUGAAAAAUAACCACCCGCAGACUCUUUUGACUAACUUACCCUGGAUUACCCGCGGUGUCAUCGAGAAAACCCCAGUGGUUAUUGAGAACCAAACGCUCGGAGUCGAUGACUAUGAGGUUGUCCAUGGUGUCUCACAUGGCUAUUGGAAGGACCUUCUCAACCUUCUGGCACUAUCCGCUAAUGAUCAACUCGGAAUGAAAAACCCCGAAUCAGUUUUGAAGAAUCGAACCAAAGCUCCUCAAGAAACCCUGGAAAAGCUCGAUAUAGAACUGCCAUUAAGAGCGAAAAAGAUUAAGGUCUCGGCUAUGGAUGUCAAUGAGAAACGCGCCUAUUUAGAAAUUCCGCGAGAGGACAGAAUGAAAGAAACCCAUAAGAUCAUCUCAGUGCAGAGAGAAGCCUCGAAAAAGAGAAAACGCGCCCGGGAAACAAGUCAUCAUGAGAAGCUUUGGAAGAAAUUUGAGAGUGAUUCGUUCCAUCGAGCUCUACACAAUACUAUUGCUCGCAUGUUUGCGGACCAGCUCAGGAAGGAUAAAAUACUCCUGGAAGGGGGAUCAAAGCAGCAGAUGAAGGAGAUCAGCCUCUGCGCCAAAUGGGCACCAUCUCUUGAGCGAUUCCAUGAUAAACAAACCUUAAUUGCAACGACUAUUGCCGAGCUUUUGUUCCCUGCUGAGGAUAUCAAGAAAGAAGGUGAUACCAGGGAGACAUAUCUGAAAAGGGCACGAGAACAAUACAGAGCCUCCUUCCUGUCCCCUCUACGGAAAGCACUUCAAGUGGUUGAGCGUGACAUAUCGGCAAACAAUUUCACGAACCUCAAGUAUGCUCAAGUGCCGUCCCUUGCCAUGGACCUAUAUAAGAAACUCUUCGCAAAGAAAGACCAUGACAAUUUUUUGAAGUAUUUGCUUGACGUUCAGGCUGGCAAACAAACUAUAUCAGGAAGUGUUCUCAUGCCUGGGCCAUUGGUUCACCAAUGGAUCCACUCUCGAAACGAUGAAAUUGCCAGGCUAACUCUGAAUUCUCAAUGGGAAACACUCAUUCAGCGCAUAAAGGAUAGCGGCUCAUUAUCCGAUUCUAUUGCUGUUUGUGAUGUCAGCGGCUCGAUGAUGAGCUUACCUGUGAAUGGCGCUACCAUGUAUGAAAAUGCCAUAGGACUGAGCCUUGUCCUCUCAACUGUGACAAAGGCACCAUUCGGGGGCAAGAUGAUCACCUUUUCAGAAAGCCCGCGUAUCGUGACGAUAAACAAGGAUGGGAACAAGAGCUCCUUUGUGGAACAGGUUGACAAGGUGCAGAAUAUGCCAGCGGGUUUUAAUACAGACUUCCUCGCCGUAUUCACGAAAGCUAUCCUUCCGCUUGCCAUCAAGAACGAAGUCAAACCUGAGGAUAUGGUUAAACGGGUUUUUGUUUUCAGUGACAUGCAGUUUGAUGAGGCGCGAGGUAACAGUGACCCAUGGGCAACACAUUAUCAAAUUAUUGAAAAAGAGUAUAAGGCGGCAGGAUACGAAGUGCCAGAGUUAAUUUUCUGGGACCUCUCUCAGAGGAAAACCGGGUCCGCCCCAGUCACCCAGGAUAUACCUGGCACAGCUCUAGUAGGCGGGCAGAGCCAGGCAAUGUUAAAAGUGUUUUUGGAAGGAGGUUCAUUUGACGAUGGCGAGGCGGAAGAGGAGGACGAAGUGGAGGGUGAAGGGGAAGGCAGUGACGGAUUUGAAGUCAUUCAAAAGAAAAAGAAGGCUAUCACUCCCCUUUCUCUCGUCAUGAAGGCUAUCAAGCACCAAGCGUAUGAUAUGCUUAAAGUGGUUGAUUAG